UAGAGAUGAGUCAGGCCGUCCCCCACACCCACCUCCACCUUCUAUUACAAGUCUGCAGUGGCCACAUGAAGAACUACAUGCUUUAUUCAAAUUGUCACUAGCUGGUAGCUUGCAUACACAAAUCAGCUACACAUUACUGUGUAGGGUUACAACACUGCAGCAGGUAAAUGUUCUUUCUUUCUUUUUUUUUCUUUUUUUGUUAACCUGUGUGGUGCUCUUCUGCACGCAGCCCAUUUCUCUCCCUCAGCAGUGACUCAUGCUGCCUCCUCUGCAGACCUCGCUAUUCCACACACGUUUGCGCCCGAGUCCAACCUGAUGGUUGUCAUGGUAAAAGAGGAGCAGGGCUGGUUAUGAUGAAGAAGAGGGCCUGUGCAGACAGCUGAGGAUCAGCUGCUCAAAACCGUGUGCUUGUAGUGCGAAAGAGCUACAAUGCAGUAGCAGACGUGAUUGUUUGCUGAAAUGAUUCAACUUUAGUGUGCAGAUUUUUUUUUGAUGGAGUUUUUCUUUAACUCUAUCACUUUGGAUUAUAAAUGAAACGAUGACUGUGGGUUUUCUACAAUUAUACAUAAUCUACAAUUAUGUAAUAAGAUUUAUUAUUAAUAAUUAUUAUUAAUAAUGUGAAUAAUUUGGCUUGAUUCGUUCUGUGGCAAAUCUUUUGCAGUCAUUGUUAACGGACAGAGAAAGUGCACUGAUCAUGUGAUCAGGUUCUUUUUUGGAGAGUAUGAGCCAUUACCAAAAUGGGAAUCCUCUGCACUUGUGAAGUGCCUGAUACCGCCUGAACACACCAGCUUAUAAGAGCUCUUCAGUAGCUUUCAAACGCCACCAGCUGUGCACUUCUGUGAUCUACUGUGCUCGAGAAAGAGGCCAUGGAUUUUGGGCAUUUUAGCCAGCUUUGAAGCUUUAUUUACAGGAUCAAGCAUGAGAACAUUGUUGCCCUUGAGGACAUCUAUGAAAGCCCCAACCAUCUGUACCUCAUCAUGCAGCUUGUGUCUGGAGGCGAAUUGUUUGAUCGAAUUGUGGAGAAGGGUUUCUACACUGAGAAAGAUGCCAGUGCUUUGAUAAAACAAGUUCUGGAUGCAGUCAACUACCUCCAUUCUCUGGGAAUAGUUCACAGAGAUCUGAAGCCAGAGAAUUUAUUAUAUUUCAACCCUCAUGAUGAGUCUAAAAUAAUGAUUAGUGACUUUGGCCUGUCGAAGAUGGAAGGAGCAGCAAAUGACAUCAUGUCCACUGCCUGUGGGACUCCAGGAUAUGUUGCUCCAGAGGUCCUGGCACAGAAGCCCUACAGUAAAGCAGUAGACUGUUGGUCUAUUGGGGUUAUUUCUUACAUAUUGUUAUGUGGCUAUCCUCCUUUUUAUGAUGAGAAUGAUUCCAAACUGUUUGAGCAGAUCCUUAAAGCUGAGUAUGAAUUUGAUUCGCCUUACUGGGAUGAUAUCUCUGACUCAGCUAAAGAUUUCAUCAGUAAUUUAAUGCAGAAGGAUCCGGAGAAGAGGUUCACUUGUGACGAGGCUCUUCGGCAUCCCUGGAUAGCUGGAGACACGGCUCUUUGUAAGAACAUUCAUGAGUCAGUCAGCCGUCAGAUGAAGAAAAACUUUGCUAAAGCCAAAUGGAGGCAAGCGUUUAACGCUACAGCAGUAAUUCGACAUAUGAAGCGCCUUCAGCUGGGCAGCAGUUUAGGCAGCAGCAUGGACACCACACCACACAGGACUGGGAACCAAGCACCCAUGCCUAUCAAAAGCCAGUCUAUCGAUGUCUCCUCCAUCAACCACAAAGACUACACGCCCCGUCGAAUCUCGAACACAGGGGCAACAGAGAAGCGAUGCACGCGGCCUUCGACCGUCACCACCAUCAUCACUGGGUCCAAAUGAAGUGCUUUUGAAGAAAGCCAUUUGAAGGCUGUUGUAUUUUCACAAUUCCUCGGUCACUUCUCGCCACCUUCACGCACCUUGUUCAAUCCUUGUUGUGCUAGUCACCACUCAGUAGCACACUGUUCUGCCUGACAGUAACAGAAUCACAGAAGGUGCCCAGAAGUCCUGUUUGAGAAGCCUAACCAUGUCAAUGAUGUGAUGGAAGACCCAUUGAUCAGCAGUGCUGCUGAAGACCUGAGAGGGACGUCGUCUGGAUUUCGGUGGCUAUGAUUUGUAUUGCUGGAUUAAUUCAAGAAGUGAUUUGAAAUGGAGUAAAUUUAUGACCAUUUAAAAGCUGCUUUCAUUAGAAGCAUGGAAUAAACACCAAGUAGAGGAAUUGUAUAGAGUUGCUUUAAUAUGUUCAUUUUAGCUGGUUCUCAGUUUCUUCCAUUUUGAUUGUGUAUAGCUGAGAUUCUCCUGGUUUUGCCUGACUUUGAGGUAAUAUCCUGUUGUGGUUUUGUAAGUGAACUCGUAAUUAAAAGCCAAUAAUCACAAUAAUUAUUGGGGUUUUUAAACUGUGUUUCAGGAUAGCAGUGAUUCAUUCUUUUGUGGGCAAAACCUUGCCAAGAAAUUUGACUCAAAUGAUUAGAGCAUAGAUUAUUAUAUGGCUAAGCAGAUUGCCAAGCCCCAGUUUCAGAACGCAGUGUACUGUACAGCCCAUCAUAUGUCUAAAGUGAUACUUUCUCUAUAGUGUUGCAGUGUUAAUUGUGCUACUUGAUAAAAAACACAGUUGAUUGUUUUGGGAAUUUUUUCUCCCAUCAUCUAUGCUUAAAUCACAGCUUGUAAUGCAGUACUGAAAUAUACACAGUUUUUCUUCAGUGUGUGUGGGUAUUGAUGAAAAAAUUUUGUGUGAUUUGUUGAAACAUUUAACAUUUUCUUAAGAUGCCUACUUUUGAAAUGGUCUCAGAUGGGUGUAUUUUUUAAAUGUAGGUGACACUAUUUAUUUAUUUAUUUAGCCACAGAAUGUUUUUUGCAACCUUAUUGAAUUGUAUCAGUGCUUUCAGAAAUACAUUUAAAGAUGGACGGAAGUGAUUUGUGUUAUACACCGUUUUCGUUAUGUUUUGUUAUUAUUUUUUUUAUUUAAGACUAAUGAAUCACUAAGGAGAAAAGAAAAUCUAUAAUUGUCAUGCUGCAAAACAUAAAUCUUCAUUCAGUGAGGAAUCUGAGUGAAGUCAAUUUGCUUGAGUAAGCAUUUAAUAAAAAAGAAAAGAAUAAGAA